AUGCAAACGGGCGCCCUAGAAGCCUUUCAGCUGCUUACCGACCGCCUGGGCAUCGGCGUGGGUAUCGUGCUAGUGGCCCUGGCCGCGGCCGCUGCCCUGCUCGUGCGCCUGCUGCCCGCGCGGCGCCCGCCAGUCCAGUUGGUGGACUUUGCAGUGCACCGCGCGCCGGCUUCCUGGCGGCUUCGGCGCGCUGAGCUGGCGCCGAUGAGCGAGGGGCUGUUCUCGCCCGAGGACCUUGAAUUUCAGGAGAAAGUGACCCUCAGGUCCGGCCUGGGCGACGAGACCGCUGUGACACCAGCCAUCAUGGCGCGCCUGACAGGCAUGUCGGUGGCACGCCAUGAGUUUGAGGUCAUGUGCUUCUCGGCGGUCGAGCAGCUGCUCGCCAAGACAGGCGUCAGCCCCAAGCAGAUCAGGUUCCUGGUGACCAACAGCAGCCUGUUCAACCCCACCCCCAGCCUCAGCGCCGUAAUAAUGAACAAGUUCAAGUUCGGCCCUAAGACGCAGAACUUCUCGCUGGGCGGCAUGGGCUGCAGCGCGGGCGUCAUCGCCCUAGACCUGGCGCAGCAGCUGCUGGAGCGCCACCCCGACGAGUACUGCCUGGUGGUGUCCCACGAGAAUAUCACCAACGCACACUACAAGGGCGCAGACAGGUCAAUGCAGGUGUCCAACUGCAUAUUCCGCGCCAACGGCGCCGCCGUGCUGCUGAGCAGCCGCCGCGCCGACGCGCGGCGCGCCAAGUACCGGCUGGCUCACGUGGUGCGCACCAACCUGGCGGCGGACGACCAGGCCUACAACUGCGUGCUGCAGAUGGAUGACGACGAGCAGAAGUGGGGCGUCCGCUUGGGCAAGGACUUGAUGGCGGUCGCCGCCCGCGCCCUCCGCGCCAACAUGACGUCACUUGGGCCCCUCGUCCUGCCGCUCAGCGAGCAGCUUCUCUUCGCGGCCAACCUGCUCGCCCGCCGCCUCGCCGCGGCCAGCAAGCCGGCCGCCCGCGCGCUGCCGCUGACGUGGACGCGGCCGUACACGCCCGACUUCAAGCGGGCGUUUGAUCACAUGUGCAUCCACACCGGCGGCCGCGGGGUGAUCGACACCAUAGAGAAGGAGCUCGCGCUGCCCAAGGCGUGGGUGGAGGCCAGCAGGGCGGCGCUCUACCAGUUUGGCAACACCAGCAGCGCCAGCAUCUGGUAUAUCCUGGCCUACCUUGAGCACAAUGGCCGCGUGCGCAAGGGCGACCGCGUGUGGCAGCUCGGCUUUGGCAGCGGCUUCAAGUGCAACAGCGCCGUGUGGGUGGCCGCCCGCCGCGUGCGGGACGCCCACCCCGCGUGGGAGGGGUUUGAC